AUCAUUGCACAGGCAGGGCUGUCUGUUUUCUGUUUUACUUUGACCGUCAAAAGUAUGCAAAUGACGCCGGACGUGCAGGCAGCUGAGGACAGAGCAGCGCACUCCAAAAUGGCGAACCGCGACAAGGAGCUGGAAGGGGAGAUUUACGACAAAGUCGUAGACCUGACAGAAUAUGCCAAACGACAGCGAUGGUGGAAUCGCCUUUUUGGGAAAAACUCCGGCCCCGUAGCAGAGAAAUACUCCGUUGCCACACAGAUAGCCAUAGGAGGAGUGAGCGGAUGGUGUGUAGGAUAUCUCUUCCAGAAGGUUGGAAAGGUUGCCGCUACAUCUGUAGGGGGAGGUCUCCUGCUGCUGCAGAUAGCUAACAACACUGGCUAUAUCCAGGUGGACUGGAAGAGAGUGGAGAAGGAUGUCAACAAAGCUAAGAAGCAGUUAAAGAAGGGGACCAAUCAAGCCGGCCCGGAGCUAAACACAUUUGUGGAGAAGUCCACAGAGUUUGUGAAGAAGAACAUUGUCGUCACAAGCGGAUUCAUCGGAGGGUUCCUGCUCGGCCUCGCAUCUUAGGGUCUGCCAAAUGAGAAGAGUGCUUCUCUGAUGUCAUGACAUACGAUAGGGAAAUAUUCUAAAUCAUUGGUGGAUGGUUUUAAAGUGUUUAAUGACAAAAAGCAACCGAUCUUAGAUUAGCUUGUAGCUAUGUGUUUCUACAUAAGCUGCACCUCCUUCUGGCUACUUUAAUACUGUACCUCCAUGAGACUGCACUGUCCAUUCGAUGUGGAACUUCUUGGUUAGACCAGAAGGACCCUCUUAAAAUACUCCACUCUCCAGGCCAAAUAAUGCAACAUAUCAUAAAAAACGACUGGAAAACAUGUAAAUCAGAAUGUUGUAAUGUUUUUAUUUAUUUAUUUUUACCAAACUGAUAUUGUACCACAGUGAAGAUGAUGCACUGUUAUUGCUGCCUUGUUGCACACAAUCAAUCAAAGUCGAGUGCAAGUAGAUUUAAAUUCACCUUUACAUGGCAGGUGGAGCCCAUAGGAAUCUAUCAGUGCCAGUGUCAGUGUAUUUUUUAUUGCCAGACAUCGUGAUCAGUCUUCUCUAGUGUUAGUGUGCUGAUAGAUAUGGGAUCGUUAUGCCUUUUGUAGAGGUGCUGUAUGUUUGAUGAGUUAUUUCAGCCUCCCCUACAGUUCUUUUUUUUAAUGUAUUUUGUUUAGCAGUACAUUCAUGCUUUAGGUUGGGAAGGUUGUGGUUAGUCCACUAUGUAAGUUUAACGAAGAAAUAAAAAUAACAAAAACAUUUGAAUAA